CCCAGCUCCAGGUUUUUCUCCACGUGGGGUCCCCGCUUUCACCCCUCAACUUUCGACGCGAGCCCACGACCCUGGCUGACCCCGGCAUUGCUUGCACGCGCGCCAAUUACGGCGCUGCGCUUCAUCGGCUCUCGAUGGACCGAUCGUCGACGCUCACGUGCUAGUGCCCGGCCAAUGCCACCAAAUCUGGCUAGGGUCUCAACACCUUGGGUCUAGGCGAGGGCCGAGUUGGAGACAAUGGAUUCUCCGCGAAUCGGACCGUCGAUGUCACCAGUGUGUAAUUGUUCAAUGACUUUCCCCCUCGGUUGUUUGUUGCUUUGAACUCGACCUUGCUUGACAUCCUCGCAUCCAAACAGAAAGGUAUUCUGUGUGCUUGUUCAUAAUUCAUAAUGGCUGCCACUUUCACCAGAAUCGAAGACGGCGAGAGCCCUUCCAUCACAGUGCAUCCCUCUCACACCGUUGCAGAAAUCAACAAGAACAUCUAUGGCGGAUUCACAGAGCAUAUGGGACGCUGCAUCUACGGCGGCAUCUACGAUCCCGGAAACCCCCUCUCUGAUGAGAAUGGCUUCCGAAAGGAUGUCAUUGAGGCUUUCAAGGAGCUGAAUGUGCCCGUGGUUCGAUACCCGGGCGGAAAUUUCGUGGCCACAUACCACUGGCUCGACGGUGUUGGUCCCAAGGAGAACAGGCCUAAACGCCCUGAGUUGGCCUGGAUUGGUACCGAGUCCAACCAGUUUGGGACCGACGAGUUCAUGAAAUGGUGUGAGAUCGUUGGCACGGAGCCAUACCUCUGCCUGAACUUUGGAACCGGUACCUUGGAUGAAGCUCUUGGAUGGCUCGAGUACUGCAACUCGGACCGGGACACAUACUACGCCAACCUCCGCCGCAAGAACGGCCGCGAGAAGCCCUACAAUGUAAAAUACUGGGCACUAGGCAACGAAUGCUGGGGCCCCUGGCAAGUCGAGCAAAUGACCAAAGAAGACUACGCCAAAAAGGCCUACCAAUGGGCCAAAGCUCUCAAACUUCUCGACCCCAGCAUCACGCUCAUCCUCUGCGGCGAAACCGGCUACUCCUCCUGGGACUACUACGUCCUGAAAGAAUGCGUAAAAUGGGACGUCCACGGCCUGUCCGGGGACACCACCAAGUCCCUCAUCGACAUGCACAGCAUCCACAUCUACACAGCCGAUAAAGACCACCUCCCCAACGCCACCGCGCCCCGCGGUGCCGAGCGCGCAAUCCAAAUGGCCUCUGCCCUAAUCGACCUAGCACGCAUCGAAAACCGCGUUCCCCCGACCGUCCCAAAGCAAAAAAUCUGCUUCGACGAAUGGAACGUCUGGGACCCCGUCCGCGCCCCCGGCGAACAAGGCGCCGAAGAGCGGUACACCCUCUCGGACGCUCUCGCAGUCGCAGUCUUCCUGAACGGCUUCAUCCGCCAGGCCAAGGACAUGGGCAUGGCCAACAUCGCACAAUCUGUCAACGUCAUCUCCCCGCUCAUGACCCACAAGGACGGGCUCGUGAAACAAACCAUUUGGUGGCCGCUUUUGCUCUUCAGCAAGUACAUGCGCGGCGCUGCCAUCGCGCUCAACGUGCGCGCGCCCGAGUACACGGGCCGCACCAACCCGGCUUGGAUCCGCGCUACCAUCGAGACGCCGCUUCUCGACUGCAGUGCUACCAGAGGGGAUGAUGGGUAUGUCAAUCUUGCGGUUGCUAAUUUGAGUGAGGAGCGGGACUUUGAGGUUGCGCUUGGGGGUGUGAAGGCGGGCGAGGUAAAGGUGUUUGUGGUGUCGGGGGAUAAUAUUCAUGUCACCAAUACUGCCGAGGAGCAGCCCGUGGGUAUCAAGGAGAGCACUUGGGAUGGUAAGGGCAAGUUUACCUUUCCUAAGCACUCUUUUACUCUGCUGAGGUGGAAGGAGUGAAUGAAGCGUGCAAUUGGCAGGACAUGGACGGUCAGCAGGGGUUGCAUGGCUGGGUGGUAUGGUACAUAUAGACGGUCAUAGAUAGAGGUACACUAGAAUGGCGAUUCAAAUCGGCUUGUACGUAGACCUCCACCGAUACCUAAGGUAUUUACUAACCUCACGGGUGAU